UACAAGUCAUUUGCCACUUCGUUUCAAGACCAAAAUGUUCAAGAACAAAUAUAUAAAAUUCCUUGCCUUUUUAAGCGUUUUUAUAAUUUGCUGCAUUGGAUUUGGAAAUGCGAUUCAUAAGAAAUCCUAUGCCGCUUCUUCAGUCAAACUGUUAAAGCUCCUGGAGGUCGAAGAUGAGCUGAUAGAGAACCUUCAUGCCUACGUGAAAAAACUGAAGAGAAAGUUCAACUUAUUGGAUAAGUCCCUAUUAAAUAUGAGAGCUGAGCAGGACCAGAUGAAGGAUGACUAUGAAACCUACUUAGGAAAUCCCUUAAACAGUUUUCGGCUGAUACAUCGUCUACACACCGAUUGGAGGAAAUGGCAUCAUUAUGCCAUUAAAUCGAAUAUGGGUGAAUUAGGAAAUAUUAAAAAGGCGCAUCAGAUGCGAAAGCGGCUACCCACCGCUCUGGAUUUGGAACAAGCGUGUCGUGGAAUUGAUGACCUGAUGUCUUUUUAUGACCUAAGGCCGGGAGAACUGGCAGCUGGUAAUUUGUCAGGAUACUCAAAUCCAGAAACAGCACUGUCAGCUCAGGAUUGCUUUGCAAUGGGAGAGUUCUGCUUGAGGGAUAGGAAAGAAGAUCGGGCGGAGGACUGGUUCAACGUCACUUUGGCCAAUUUCAAUGAAGACAAACUCCUAUACAUGGUCAAUAGAUUCAGCAGGUUUUCCGUCCACAAUACGUGGGCUGCUCUUUUGGUUAAGAACCAAAAGCUUUCUGGCGCUUCUUAUCAAUUUGAAAAAAUACCGAAAGAAUCUGAGAACAACCAACUUUUUCAAUGGAUUAAUGAGGAAAUAUUGACUAAACGAAACUGCCGUACAAUCUUUCGCCAACCAAGUCGACUCCACUGCCGCUAUAACAGCUCUACGACUCAUUUUACGCGAAUCGCCCCUCUGAAAAUGGAGGAGCUGAGCACCGAUCCUUACAUGGUGAUUUAUCACGAUGUGAUCUACGACAGCGAAAUCAAUUGGCUGCUAAACACUACCAAACUCACUUUAUCCCUGGUGGAUACAGGUACAAUGUCGGAAUUCCGAGCCUCGAAGGACUCGAACAUUAUAUUGUCGCAAGGAAAAGUAGUCAGGACACUCGAAGAUCGGGUAACAGACAUGACUGGGCUAAGCAUGGAAAUGAGCGACGAGUUCUCGCUAAUCAACUACGGAUUGGGUGGACAUUAUGUGCUUCACACCGACUAUCACAAUUACUUUGACCAGACGCGAUGUGUAAAGGGGGAUCGCUUAGCCACAGUAUUGUUUUAUCUGGGAGAUGUAGACUCUGGUGGGGCCACGAUUUUCCCGAUGAUCAAUGUUUCCGUAACACCCAAGAAGGGAUCGGCCGUCUUCUGGCACAAUCUUCACAACUCCGGCGAUAUGAAUAUAAAAACUAUGCACUCGGGUUGCCCUGUGAUAGUUGGUUCUAAAUACGUGCUUACCAAGUGGAUUAACGAGCUGCCGCAAAUGUUUGUCACUCCUUGUAUAAGAAAUUAAACUAUUUUCCGACUAAAAUUAUUAUAAAUAAUGACAACUGAACUGAAAACUUUAAAAA